AUGCGGUCGUCCAAGCAGUGCUACAAUGAUUUUGAUAAUGAUGAACAAGCUCAACAGAUCCUCGAUAGGAAGGCAUAUUUGCUAUACAAUGAUUGGAGGUACAAUCUAAAGCAAGAGUUCCUCGAACUUGAGGAAAAAGGUGUUGAUGACCCCUAUAGUCAUCCGCCUAGUGGAAAACGCUCUAAGGCUGGUAAAGCAAAUAAGGGUAUGCUCCCCUAUAAUCAUACAAGUGGAUUGCGAUCAUUUCCUAUAACAAUGUCGCUUAUGGUAAAUGAGGAUAGAGAUAUAGAUUUUCUCGAAUUUUAUAAGAAAGCACACAAGUCUAAGAAGACGGGAGAUUGGAUUGACCCCAAAUGUGGUGAGCUACAUGAUGAUAUGGUGAAUCUACAAGUGGUAGCCACCGAUGUGGGGUUGCCAUUGACCCACGAAGAAAUAUCAAGGCAAGUGCUCGGGGAAAAAAAAAAUUACUUGCGUGGAUGUGGGAUUGGCCCACAACCCUCUUCCAUAGCUUCUAGUGCGGCACGAGCACGUGAUAAACAUAUGGAGUCAAUGAGAGCGGAACUGGAGGUUCUUCGUGAGCAGCGUCAAAGUGAUCAUGAGGAGUUGCUGAAGGAGAAAGAGGAGCGCCAAAGAGAUCACGAGGAGCUAUUAAAGGAGAAAGAGGAGCGCCAAAGAGAUCGGGAGGAGCUAUUGAAGGAGAAAGAGAAGCGCCAAAGAGAUCGGGAGAAAAUUAUGAGGGAAAUAAAGCAGCUGAUCAAACAAGUCGAUGAAAAAAAAAAGCACGGGAGGCACAACAAGUACAACUCAAUCAUCUGAAGGACGUGGUGUCACGGCUCACAACCCUCUUGCAGGGUUCAGAUGGUCA